CUUUCGCCCUGACGGCGUAGCGCAGGGGCGUCAUGUCGCGAACCGUGAAGUUCACAUCCGCCUGUUGACGAACAAGCACUCCAGCCACCUCAGAACAUCCUACAGCGAGGCCGGUCAACUUUGGAUCUUUCGCGUUCUGACUUGUCGACGCGAGGAACCCACUCUCGCAGGCUAAGAGAAGUGCGGUUCUCCCCUCGCUAUCACGAUUAUCGAUCCCAACACCCAAUCGUAUACAUUCGUAUGCCAGGGCGAGGUCACCAUCAAUGGCGGCGAUAUGAAGAUACGUUUGACCUGAGGCACCAAGCUUGAUAGCAUCGCUGAAUGUAUCGCCGCGUCUUUUACGAACACUUGCAAUGACCUCUUCGGCAACGUCAUUGCAAAAUAUCGCGUUACUUAGGGUCUUUACACGCCAAUCCUCCAAAGGCACGGCCCAGAUGUUGGAUUUGUCAUAGCUGGUCUUCCUUGUGGACUUGAGAGCAUCUAGAAGUUGAUCUGGGAGACAAGGGUGGGCAACAAAACGUUUCGCGUCGGUGGCCGCCAUGGUCUUCACGUUGGUACACAAAGAGAGUAACAAAGAGGGUGUGGCACGUUCGCAAGAGACCUAGAUUAUUUCUUCACAUUUGGGACGCCACAGCGUUUCUUCUAAAGUGAGACUUCUGACUGCCAUCUUACCUACGCGGAAUUGAACGUGACCGGAAAGGCGAAAGCAUCGACCAAUUGGAAGUCAGCUGACUUUACAUCGAUAAAAAAUCAUGGACAGGACCGAAAAACUCACAUUAAUUGAAUCCACUAGCUAGUGUCCUUGUGCAUAUUUGAAGAUUUCCAUCCAAAUGUAACGCCUUAAAGCUUUGAAGUCUGAACGUUCCAAAUGCAACCGCCAUCAACGCUGGACAGUUAUGUCCAGAAAAGGCAAGGCGACGAUCUGGAGAUGAUCGCUUGAUUUUGCUUCUGGACUGUGAAGAUCCAAACUAUCACGAUUUACUCUGAAGCGCUAAAUGUCUGAAAAACGAAAGACCGAUGCCCGGGACAAGCCAAGGAGGAGGUUCCGCUCUGAUGGUACACCAAUUUGGGGUCAGAAGCCGGUAGAAGGACCCGGUGUAUGGGUCACCUGCAUCAAAGGAAAAGAAAAGCAGGCUGUUGGCGAACUUUACGAUGUGUUCGAAUCUCUAGCUUCAGAGCUUUGGCCUGAAUCGCCGACAGCUGCACAAGGCAGAAAAGACGAUGAGGACUCAGAUGACGAUAACGACGGCGAUAUCGAGAAACAGAUCGCUAAGGAAGUCGCGUCCAUGAAACAACCGAGAAGAGAGCAAAGGUUCGCGAGCGUCAACACUAAUACGCCUUGUGUGGUCUUCAUAUCAUGUAAACCACCGGUUGACCCUGUUCGAUUGGUCGUAAAAUAUGUCGGAAACGUCAUGGAGACAGGCAUUUCACGGACAAGAUAUACACAACGACUGACACCUGUUGCAGCCACAUGCCCUACCAAUCUCCCCGAGAUACAGUCUUUAUGUACUCGGCUACUGGCUCCUAUUCUCGCAGAAUAUGGUGACAAAACCUUCACGUACAAAAUUGAACUCCGGAUGCGAAAUCACAGUAGUCUUUCUAGACCCGACAUCAUUCAGACAUUGGCCAAAUGCGUACCAGAGACGCAUAAAGUCAGAUUGGAGAAUCCGGAAGUAUUCAUUCUCGUCGAGAUUUUCAAGAGUGUCUGUGGCAUUAGCAUUGUCAAGGACUAUUAUCGCAUGCAGAAAUUCAAUGUGAUGGAGAUUGUAAAUUCAAAAAGUGAAGGCAGGGAGGGUCAAGGGAGAUUGGCAGAGAAGGAGGUCAUGUAAGAUGGAUUUCCCGUGCUUUACUACAUUUUCUUUCUUGCGCAUUAUAUAUUUGCCGCUUCCAAUCUUACGUAGAAAGAUGAGUUACACUUUCGCCCACCUUGGGCGCUUGGCGCG